AUGAUAUCCCAAAGGAGCUCCUGCGGAGGAGACACCGAGGAACUCGUGCGGGUGUUAACAGCAGUGGCGGUUCUAGACCAGUUUUACUGGAGGGGCCUGGCUGGGGCCAGGGGUUUUGCUCUGACUAAACCAGAACCUGAACCUGAGGCUGAGGCUGAAGCUGAGCUCCGCCUGCAGCCUCCAGGGGGCGACAGGAGGACUCCUCCGCCGCGGAGAGCCAGCAAGAGAAGAAGAUGCACUGUUGCAUGCCGGGAAGCGCAAGAUGGCGUCGGCCGGGUGUGUGGAGGAGUGAAGCGGCCGCACCGGGCCGGACUGACCGCGGACACUUGGAGCCCCAGAGAGCAGAGAGCCGUUCGUCCAUUCAGCAGAGCGGAGCGCAGCAGGUCACACAGCGAUGAGACAGACAGCGGGCUGACAGCUCCUCGGUCACACCGCUCAGCAGACCUCAGAUCAGCCCGCAUCUGCGUUUACUGCCGGGACGGAGACCCGCAGCCGGCCCGGGGUGAGACGUUAGUUAGUGUGACGACACCAGGUGAGACGUUAGUUAGUGUGACGACACCAGGUGAGACGUUAGUUAGUGUGACGACACCAGCCGAGCCCACCUCCCUCCCCGCCCCCCCCACCCCACCGCUCUGUCCGUCGUCAUGUACGCCACUCGCCUCUACAGCGCCGCGGGGGGGGGAGGGGGAGGAGCAGGAGGAGGGGGAGGGGGAGCGGGUGGUAAGACGGGUCGCAGGGCGGGUCUGGCCGUGCUGGAGACCCCCCACCCCCCGCACCCCCACCACCCCCACCUCUCCCACCACCCCCACCCGGCCCCGCCCCCGCCCGCCUACCCGCUGUACCAAGGCCGGCCCGACGCCCACCGGGGGGCGCACUUCCACGGCCACCACCACUACCACGCCCACCCGCAGCCCGCCCACCUGGCCCCGCCCCCGCCCCCCCCUGCCCCCCCACCCCCACUACCAGCACCACGCCCACCUGCACUCGUACGGCGGGGGCGGCGUCCCGGCCGGAGCCGCCGGCGGCAAGAAGAAGACGUGGAACUUCAUCCACGAGAAGAUGAGCUACGACACGUUCUUCACCAUGAAGCGUCUGAUCGAGCGCUCGCGGCGUCCCGACGAGGUGCUGCGCUGGGUCACGCAGAACCCCGCCAAGAUCUCCCACAACCACUACCCCGUCGCCCUGCAGAAGAUCGGCCAGCUGCUGCAGGCCUCGCCGCCGCCCGGCGCCCCCGACAACAUGGCCGCCGCCGGGGCGGGGGGCGGGGGCGGGGCGGGGGAGGGGGGCGAGGAGAGCGACGGGCGGCAGAUCCUGGAGCAUCAGGACUUCCAGACGCUCUGCGACGCCAUCGUCAGCGACUGCGCCAAGUUCGACAACUUCAGCAUCGUCAACUGCCUGUACGCCGUGGCGGCGCUCGGCCUGCCCAGUGACUCCCAGGUGGUGCAGGUGCUGGAGGCGGAGUCUCAGUCGCGGCUGGGCCAGUUCAACCAGAAGGACGUGUCCAUGGUGUUCAGCUCCAGCAUGAAGCUGCACCCGGGCAGCCAGCACCCGCUGACCGAGGCCUGCCUGGCCGGCCUGGAGAAGAACCUGGAGCGAGAGCGCCACCCGCAGACGCUCUUCCUGCUGCUGUCCUACUACAGGCUCAAGUGGCGCCUGCUGCAGCCGCAGGACACCGCCACCGCCACCGGGGGCGCUGCCGCCACCGCCGGCGUGCCUCCGAACCCCGAGCAGCUGCUGGCCAACAGGAAGAUCCUGCGGCUGGUGAAACACACACUAGCCAGCGUUAGUGGCGUCCGUGACCAGGAGAUGGCGCUGCUGGACGAGAUGCUGGCAGCGUGCGCCCGCGAGGCCAGCAACAAGAGUCUGGAGCUCAUCUUCAGCUCGCACCUCUUCUACCAGAACAGACAGGAGAGGUUCAUCAGCAGCCUGGCAGAGGAGUUGCCUAAGAAAGUUGACAGCAUCACGCCGUACACGAUGGCUCUGAUCGCCAAGUACAUCGCUCGCCACCGGCUGAGAGAGACGCGGCUGCUCGACACCAUCGCCGACUUCCUGGUGAAGAAGGCGGAGUAUCUGGACAGCAAGGUGAUCCAGAAGCUGGUGUUCCCGUUCAGCAGGAUGAGUUACCGUCCGUCCAGCGAGCGCCAGUUCUUCUCGCGGCUGGAGGAGGUGGUGGAGCUGAAGGCGCUCAGCUCUCCUCUGGCCACCGUCAACAUCCUGAUGUCUCUGUUCCAACUGGGCCACUUCCCCGGCCUGGUGCUGCACCGCGUCUUCUCCUCCGCAUUCAUCAGCAACGUCACCAACAGCCCCUACGCUCUGAUCGUCCGCCGCUACCUGUCGCUGCUGGACGCCGCCAUCGAGCUGGAGUACCGCGAGUACAGCGGGCCGCGGCUGCAGGACGCCCACAAGGUCCUGAUGUUCGACCACGCCCUGACCGCCGACGAGGUCAACCGCAAGUACAGUUAUAAAGGUCUGGUGGCUGAGGCUCUCAGACAGCUGGUGGGAGAGCAAAACUACAAACAGGAUGAAGUCCUCGCCCCGGGAUACUACACAGACUUUGUGUUGUGGAUGGAUGGUUCCGGUCGGGUUCUGCCCAUCAGAACUGGAACCGGUCUGGCUCUCAGCAUCGUCCCGCCCUCCUGCGUCGCCGCAGCGUCCAAACCGGCUGAGGGGACGGUUACCGUGGCGACUCUCACCUCUGACUUCCAGAAGUUCUCUCCCUUCACGGCGUUGGAGGAAGGCUCAGAGCAGCGCCAGGGGGGCGAGGUGCUGGGCGGGGCCCCGGACCCCGGCGCCUUCCUCCCCCACCACAUCCGCGGCGGCGCGGGGAGCGGCGCCACCUCGGGGGCCCGGCCGGGAGCCAACGGGGGCGGACCUCUGGACUACAGCCCCUACUACGUCCCCGCCGCAGAGUACUACUCCAGCCUGGCCAAGGAGCACUCGCUGGAGAGCCAGGACAGCUCCACGCUCAGCAGCCCCCCCUCUGACGGCCUGGCCCAGCCCGGGGCCGCGGGGCCGGGCGGGGCCGCCGCCCCGGACUCCCUCUUCCAGUUCUCCAUAGGCAAAAUCCUGGAGGACGAGGGGGGGGCGGGGGCCCCGGGCAGCCAGGGGACGGACUGCGAGCUGCCGGCUUUCUACGAGGGAGUGUCGUACUCCGAGGGGCCCGGGGCCGACGUGGGACCCUCGUCGCCCCUCCAGCUCCGCCCCCCCGAGCGGCCCGACGGCGACAGCACCUCGGCCGACCAGAGACAGAUCAGGAGGGUCAUCAUGUCCGUCAAUGAUAAGUGGCAUUACUGCCAUAACUCGGAGGUGCUGGUGGGCUCCCGCGCCAUGAGGGACCGCCACCUGAGGCUGCUGGGAUACGUCAUCCUGCAGCUGCCGUACCACGAGCUGGAGAAGCUGAACGGCAUCGAGGAGGUGAAGCAGUACCUCCACAAGAAGCUGCUGGACGUCCCGUUAUGACAGCAGAGCCGCCAUGUGAGAGUGUGUGAGAGUGUGUGUGCCGUUACGGCCGUUUGGGGUUGGUAGUUUGAAUCCUGUCAGUUUGUUAGCAUAGCACUCGGCUCCUAGCGAAAGGAAUUUCUCUCCCUGCCGCUCCGAGGAGCUGAGCGCUGCUGUGUGUGUGUGUGUGUGUGCGUGUGCGUGUGUGUGUGCGUGUGCGUGUGCGUGCGUGCGUGCGUGCGUGUUUGCGUGUGUGUGUGUGCGUGUGUGUGUGUGCGUGUGUGUGUGUGUGUGUGUGUGGACACAGCAGCGCUCAGCUCUUCACUUCCUGCUCGUGACAUCUGACCCCAGGUCAGCACAGCCUGUACUGCAGAGGUCAAAGGUCAGGUGGGACACAACUGCCACACACACACACACACCAGGCAGCUGAUGGCGGCCAUGUUGGAUGAGUCCAUGUGUCAGAGCUGCUUCAGACCUGUUUGUUUGUUUUGUUUUAUUUUGUUUUGUUUGUUUGUUUGUUUGUUUGUUUGUUUUGUUCCAUAUGCAGCUGAGAUGUAACAUUUGACACUAAAUGAAACUGUGUGUGUCUCUGUGUGUGUGUGUGUGUGUGUGUGUGUGUGUGUGUGUGUGUGUGUGUGUGUUGUGUCUCCUGCCUGGCGGUGCGGGGCGUGGCAGGGCGUGGCGGGGGGCGGAGCCUGUGUGGGUGAAUAUAUCGGGGUGUGUUAGGGGUCAGUCCCUUUUUCUAUUGUUUGGUUAACAGUGGUACUGCAUGUGUGGGCCGUGGUGUUGGGGGAGGGGGGGUGGGGGGGGGCUCAAACAGCUGUUUCUAUCUGAGGACUUUCCUCCAUGUGGGGCGGGGCGGGGCGGGCGGGGGGCGGGGCUAAGUGUUUUAUAACCUCAGAGCGCUGUGGACGAAGACGAGGAUGAGGACGUUGUACCUGCUGUCCUCGGCUACGGGACGUCCCAGUGUGACUGAAUCUGACCUCUCUGAGGAGAGCAGGGGCUGAUGGGUAUUGUAGUUCUCCCUGAGUGCACAGGAGAGGGGGCGGAGCCAAGCGUCACCGUGGUAACGCUGUGCCAAAGGCGUCGUGACGUCAGGAGCUCUUCUGACUUCAGCUUGGUGAUGAACAUGUCGGGGUCAAGGGUCAAGAUUAUUUAUUACUGCAGCAGGAGGUGGAGGUGAUGAAGACGACGAUGAUGAUGAUGAUGAUGAUGAUGAUGAUGAUGAUGGACAGAUGGGCAGACGGGUGGGAAAGCUUGUUUAUAUUCUAUAUAAAUCUAUUAAUUGAAAUGUCUAUAUAAAAUCUAAAACAAA